AUGGCAAAAGUGGGCCAUCUAAUUGUUCUGAUCCACGGUAUGUGGGGGGUUUCCAGCCAUAUGGACAUGGUGGAACAGGUUCUCCAGGAGUGUUUGCAAUCUUCCGAAGACCGAAUCCACUAUUUAAAGCCCUCGUCUUUUGGGUCCUUUAAAACCUACGACGGUAUCAAGGUGAACGGAGACCGAGUCAUCAAGGAUAUAUUUGAUGCGAUCGAAAAUUUGAAGAGCGAUGAGGAUGUGGAAGUCAAAAAGAUUAGCGUGGUGGGAUACAGUUUAGGGGGGCUGAUUGCGAGGUACUGUAUUGGAGAACUGUACGAGAUUGGCUUUUUCGACCGCAUUGAGCCUGCAGUGUUCAGCACGUUUGCAUCGCCGCAUCUUGGAGUGAAAUUCUUUAGGACUUCUCGGAUCCUCGACAGGGCGAUGAAUUUUCUUGGUAGCAGACUCGUGGGACAGUCAGGAAAAGACUUGUUCAUUUACAAGUCUGAUCUGCUUCCGCAGAUGGCAGACAAGAAUAGCAAGUACUUCAAAGGGUUGUCCCUAUUCAAGGUCAGGAUACUGCUUGCCAAUGUACGCAACGACAGACUUGUCAGCUUUGCUACCUCGUACAUCUCCAACUACAAUCCGUUCGAAUUUUGGGAAAACCUGGAAAUCAAAUACGUGGACGGGUUGCCGUCAGCAAGGGUGCUAGGCAAAGAGUACCCGGUUCGAGUUAUAGAUCUGAAGGCCACGAUGUACCAUCCAGAAUUGAAAAAGAGUACAGAAGUUGACCAUCUUCAACGGACCCGCAAUAUUGCCAUUGGAGUCAUGAUUAUGCUUCUGCCGUUAGUUCUCCCGGUGAUCUUCGUGGCGAGUGUAUUUGGAACUGUGAAAAGUGCGAUAAGGAAGUCGCUUCUGAAGGAGUUCGACCAUGGAGGUGCCUGGAAGACUUUACAGGAGCGAUUGGAGGGCAACAAAGCGCGGCACCAUACCCAAAAAAGAGAGCACGAGGAUCCACUAGCCGAGGCAACGCAGGAGAUUGUUGAAAAUACACUUCAGGAGCUGUCUGCCGAGGAUCAGGGCGAUAAGGAGGAGUCUUCGACAGACUCGGUUGCAGGAUCCGAAUCACUUAAAGAUACAAACCCAAUGCAGGUCGAGUUUGACGCCGAAAAAGCUGCCGAAUGUCUCGAAUACUUGACAAAUAAGAUGGAUAUCGGCCCGUUGGCAGAACUUCCAUUGACAGACAAGCUCGAACCGCUACCAUACGAUGAUAGGCGCACGUUGAUGUGUGCAAAUUUGAAUGAGCUCGACUGGAUAAAAAUACCCGUCUACGUGAGAUCUCUCAAUGCCCACGAGGGCAUUGUUGCACGGCGUGGGCUCAAGAGAACAGCAGCCGGCGCUCCGGCACUGUAUCUCUGGGGAAUGCUCUUCAAGCAAAAGUCAGAGUGA